AUGACCACAGGCACAGCACACGUAAAGCGUCCUUUUGUAGGUGGUGGAGCUUUCAAGGAACGUAGUUUGGCCAAUAGUGCACUUGAAAGCGAGAGAAAGUUGCGAGAGUUGAUGGGCAUGUUGCUUGAAGCUCGUACUACCACUACGUCUAUUCUAGCCCGUUUGCUUGAAGCUGGUGAUGACGAGAAAGAGUGGGAGGAUAUUGCGGACGGGGAAGAUUGUGAAGAUAUCGAUGAUGAGGACGAAUGGGAGGAUAUCGAUGACGACGAAGAGUUGGAGGAAGUUGAGAAUGAGGAUGAUUGGGAGGAUAUCGAUGAUGACGAAGACUGGGAAGACACUAAGGCCGCUGAGUCUGUAUUAUUAAUGAAGGUGGAGAAUCUACUUGUAAAGUGGUAUCACAAGGACGAUGUAACAGCACUUGUCAAGACCUUGAUCGAAUCUGCUCAGGCGUCGUAUGCCGAGCAGGAGGAGUUUUGGAAGGAUAGGCGCAUAGUUCAGGAGUGGUUCGGAGGUAUAGAUAAGUGA